CUACCGCGCCUAUUUAAACAAGCAGAUUGUUGCUGUUUUACUUUCAAACCUCAAUAUGUCUUCAACUGGGUACAUUCUGUUUACGUUGUGUGUUGUGUGUACGGCAUCAGUCAUACCACAAUACCGAGAUUUUGACGACGAAAGGUCGGAAUCUGAUGGAUGGACAACACCGCCAACAGCAAGACCACAAGCAAAUACAUUUCCACAAACAACUCACCCGGGCACGAUUACUAUAUCUGUCCCUAUAUCAGUUGCAGUGGGAACUGAUAUAGAAGAUGGACAAACCGUCUACCAUAGCCAGUCAGCUACGGAAUACGAUAACAAGCCUAUUGGAAGGAUGUUAGAGAUGGAUCAGAUGAAAUCAUGGAUGGCCAACGACAUGUUCACCGCUUGUUUACGAUCUCUUAAUGAAGAACGAUUAACUGAAGUAGUGAAUUCAGUUGGAGAAGCUAUUAAUAUAGAAUUCAGUGAAUCGUCCCAAACCCUUAACGAAAUUUACAAAAGAGUCGGUCAAAGGAUUUUAGAAACUGUUUUUAAAGCCUGUCUUAAACCAAUGGAGGAAGAAAAUAAAUAAAUUCAUUUUAUUUUUGUAAACACAGAUGCAAUAGUUUAAA